UGGAGCCGGGGGCGGCGUCGGGGGGCGGCGCGCCGGCCUUCUCGCCCGAGUGGAUGGCCUGCCUGCUGGCCGAGGCCGAGGCGCUGCUGGCCGAGCGGGUCUCGGCGGCGGUGCGGGCGCGCUGGCGGCGGGAGGUGAAGCUGCCGCGGAUGAGCCUGGAGGGCUGCCUGGAGCAGCUGAGCGAGGCGCGGCGCGGGCGGGAGGCGCUGCUGGCGCGGGACGGGCCGCUCUCGGAGGCCAAGCAGGAGCGGCUCCAGACCUUCCUGCGGCUGGAGAUGGCGCUGCUGCGCGAGAUGCAGGCGCUGCGCGAGCGGGCCCUAGCCUCGGCCUUCGCCGUGGCCAAGAAGGGCGAGCCGCCGCCCGGCCUGGCCCGCGAGGAGCCCGGGGAGGCGCGCCGGCCGGGCUCGCCGGGCAGGGAGGAGGGCGCGGCGGCGGGGGGCGCGGCGGCGGGCGGCGCGCGGGUGGUGUCGGCGGCCGAGGCGGCCUCGCAGGCGAAGGCGGCGGCGCAGCGGGAGGCGCUGGCCGAGGCGCUCUGGGAGCCGGGCGGCGUCGGGGACCUGAUCGCCAAGGGCGGCGACCUGCAGCUGGCGCUGGAGCAGUUCCUGGGCGAGCGGCUGGGCGAGGCGCUGCGCGGGCUGGAGCGAGCGGUGCGCGGGGAGGGCCGGGCGCGGGUGCGGCAGCUGCUGGCCGUGCGCGACGCGCUGGAGCGCGAGGGCGGCUGGGCCGAGCGCGCCGGGGCGCUGCGCGGGGAGGCGCGGGCGCUGCGCGGGGUCGGCCGGCCGGGGGCGCUGCGCGAGGCGGCGGCAGCGCUGCGCGACUGCCUGGCCGAGGCGCCGCUGGAGGAGCUGCGGCCCGCGCUGGAGACGGCGGUGGCGCUGCUGGAGAAGACGGACAGCUGGUGGGUGGCCUGGCUGGAGAAGGCGCUCUGGGCCGCCCCGCUGGAGGAGGCCGAGGCCGCCCGGCGGCAGGCGCAGGCCCUGAGCACCGCCCUGGAGCAGCCGCCGCCGCCGCCGGCCCCGGAGGAGCCGGAGGAGGCCGGGGCGCUGCUGCUCCUGCGCGCCCUGGAGGGCGAGGGGGCGGAGGAGGCGGCGACGUCCCCGUCCCCGCGGUGGGGCUCGCUGGAGGAGAUGCGCGACGCCCUGCAGAGCGCGCCCUUCGACGAGGUCUUCGCUCUGCUGAAGCAGCCGCGGGCGCUGCGCGAGGCGCUGCAGGGCAGCCCCGAGGCCGAGGAGCCGGGCGAGCUGCUGGCCGUGCUGGAGGCGCUGGAGGAGGCGGCGGCCUUCGGGCGGGCCCGGCCGGGCGCCUGGCGGGAGCAGCUGAGCGCCCUGCGGGGCGGCCGCUGGGAGGAGGAGGCGGCGGCGCUGCUGGAGAAGGUCUGGGCGCUCAAGACGGAGGUCUUCCUGCUCGCCUCCGACCUGGACCGCGAGGAGAAGGUGACGGCGCUGGCCGAGGAGCUGCGGGCGCUGCGCGAAGCCGCCGCCGCCGCGCCGCUCAGCGACCGGGAGGCGCUGCGGGAGAAGCUGGCGGCGCUGCGCGAGGCCCUGCGCGCGCUGCCCGUGCCGGAGGUGCUGCUGCUGCGCGCCAAGGCCAAGGCGCUGCGCAAGGCGGCCACCGACUUCUGGACGGAGCCGCUGGCGCAGGCGGACCCGCUGCUGGCCGAGGCGGACGCGCUGCGGGAGGCGCUGGCCGGGUCGCCGCUGCGGGAGGCGCUGUGGGGCAAGGCGGAGGAGCUGCGCGGGGCGCUGCGCGAGAUCGCCAAGAAGAAGAUCAGCGUGCUCUCCUACUACCUGUGGAACGUGCUCUGGAGCCCCCUCUGGAAGAAGGUGGGCGACAUGCAGCGCGCCCUCUGGAAGACGCCGCGCAAGGAGGAGGGCGCCGUGCAGGAGAAGCUGGCCGACCUGGAGCACGCGCUGGACGAGAUCCUGGAGGACAACCUCAGCGGCCUGCCCCGCAUCCUCUACGCCCUGCCGGGCAUCGUGACGGCGCUGCAGAAGAAGGUGCACGCGGUGCGCGAGAGCCUGCAGGAGACGCCGCCGGAGAUGGCCGUAGCCCUGCAGGGGAAGGUGGUGGCCAUGCAGGAGGCGCUCUGGAAGAUCCCCUUCAAGGAGGCCCACCUGAUGCAGGAGGACCUCAAGGCCUACUGCUUGGCCCUGCAGAGGAAGGUGGAGGCCUGGUGGGCGCGCCCCUCCUCGGAGGGAGCUCCCUCCAAGCGCUGCGAGGAGCCCAAGGCGCCCCCGCCCAGGAUGGAGAGGUGGGACUCCGGCUGGACCAGGAGGAGCGCACCCAAGCCAGGGGCCGGUUCAGGGGCUGCUGCUGAGCUGGGAGAAGGAAAGAGGCAGCAGCGGGAGGUUUCCUCUCCAGCUGCCCUGGAAGCGCCUGGGUCACCAAACCACUGGCCGAGCCACAGCGUGCUUCGGCUUCAAGUGAGCAGCUGCCAGGCACGCCUUUUCUGGUCCUUUUUCAGCCCCGCCACCGUAGAAGCCGCCACGGCUGCCGGGCCCACCCGCUUCCAGUACUCCGCGCUCAAAGCCAUCCCACACUCCCAUUUCCAGCAGCGGAAGGACUGGUACGAAAACACCGACCAGGACCUGCGCGAUUACGUUGUGCAGAGGCUGGUCCACGCCAUCUUUCCAGCUCCUGACUUGGCCGUCCUGAAGGACCACCAGGUGGAGAAGGUGGUCUCCUACGCCAAGAAGGUGGAAGGGGACGUCUACCAGUCGACCAACCACUGGGACGUGUACUGCUGCCUGAUUAUGGUGAAGCUGUUCAGAAUAGAGAAGGAGCUGAGAGAGAAGAGGGCCCUCCGGGGCCAGAGACCAGGCCUCGAGGACGACCAGGCCUCGCCCGCGGGGCGGACCCAGCCGCUCAGCAGUCAGCUGGCCACCCCAGAAGUGCCUCUGAGCCCUAUCCAGGACCCCCCAGGUGUGAGCCAGCUCAACCCCAUGUCCAUUUGGACCAUCCAAAACUCUCCCGCUUCGAUGGACGCCCGGGCAGACUCUCCGUUGAACCCGCCUGUUCAGACGCACAACGAGGAAGCAACGCUGAUGAUGGACGCCUCUCCACCUUGGACGCCUCAGCCCCAGAGCGCGAUGAGGGCCUCUUCAGGCACUUUCCCGGGUCCUCCUUUGGCCCCUGACAGCCAGUUCCUGCCCCCGCAUCUGCUUCCUGCCCCCGUCGGAGCUCUGGAGACCAGCCGGGUCGUCUUGGGGGAAUCGGCUCUGGAGGGCGGCGGAGGAGUCGGAGUCCAGCAGGAUCAGGAUCCUGGCUCCCCUCUCUCUUACUCCGUGGCCACCGUGGCCCCUCUUCCUCCUCACGCCUCGCCAGGGGCCCAGGGUCAAAGCCCACCCCUGGGGCCGAUGGCGGCAGCAGCACCAGGCCUGAGCCCAGAGCCCCAGCAGCAGCAAUCGAAGCAGUCCCCACCGCCCUGUCCGAAGUCGGCCCCGACCCCUGGCCCCCUGGGGGACCCCCACUUUGGGAACAGACAGGCCACCUGCCAUGGGCUGCUGGGUAAGCUGAGUAAACGGCGGAGACUGGCGGAAGCAGGCUGGAGGGCGUCUCCUGCCGGACCCUCCCCCUCGGCCCCGCCCGAUGCACCAGCGCAGCCCUCCCCCUCCCUCGUGACACUUGAGUCCCUGCACCGCUCGCUGGAGGACCUCAGGAUCUCCGUCCUCCGCAAUUUGGGAGCCGUGCACAGGCAGGUGGAGGCCCUGGAGAAGAGGCUCAACACGCUGGAGCGCUGGCGGGCAGAGAUGGAGGGGCGCCGGCAGCCGCCACCGCCGCAGCCAUAGCCACCGGCCGGGCUCCCUUCCGCCCCUCCUUUCCAUGUACAGACGCCUCAUUAUCAGGACGGCUCCUCCUUUGCUUCACUUUUUAUUACUCAACGUGUCAGAAACGGCAGACAAUCCUCACGGCGCUCCUUGGAUGGUUUGCCAGAGACGGUUUGCCUCCUCAGCCAGUCUCCACUGUGGUUCACCCGGUGCCGGACGGCUCUGCGGCCCAGUCCUGGGGGACGGGACGGCCUCGGGAGACUGAAGGUGGAAGGCUGCGGAGGCCGAGGUCGCUCCAGAAACUGCCCAGCCGUCACUGGGCCCUGGAGGGUGUGGGCACUCAGUGGGCCACAAGGGCCGAGGCCAGCGAGGGGCCGUGGGCUGGUGGGGGGAGCUGGGCUGCUCUGGCUGGUGGUGGUGGUGGGAUGGCAGCCCCUUUGCCUGGAAGAGGAGCCUUCCCUUCACGACUGAGAACCACGUGCCGGACUCUGGGUCCGUCCUAGGACUUCACCUCCUCCGUGAACGUUGCCCCGGAAGAGGAGCCGGACAUCGAUACAAGCUUCACUCUGCAGGUAGCGUCCUCUUCUGCCCUGGGCCGGCUCGUCUGCCCAGCCAGGGGUCAGUGGCAGCUCUGCGCGGAUGGCCGGACUUGCCCCUGGAGCGACGCGCCUGGCCCUGGGGUGGCCUGGACCUUAACGGGAGGCCCUCCUGAGCUCUCCCCGCUCCAAGUGGAAGCGGAGAUUAGGGAACUCGCUCGAUCCGAUUUUAGGUUUGAUGGCGGGGCGGCGUGGUUCGGAAUUAAAAAGAUUUUGAGCAGGGACCCGCUCUGCGUGUUUGCUGUGAAGGUGAAGGAUUGUGAAGGUCAGACUCUGCCCAUCCUUUGUUGCCAAGUUGCCAAGGAUGAGACAGAACUCUUUUUCAGAGGGCAUCAUUUCUGCAAAUCUCUGCCUGAUGUUUUCAAGGAUAAGUAAGGCUUUGAGCUUCCUUUCAGGUCAUUGUAGGAGAAGAUAUGGGUUAGCCUAGGGGGCCCCCCAAAACAGGAUUGCCUGGUCGCUCAAGAAAACUUCUGCCUUUUAAUAAACAUUGUUAGUUGGAAAAAA